UAAAAACAAGUUUUUUACCUCUGACCAUGGAGCUAUGCUAAGUGCUACUGCUAUAGUGCUAGCGCUAUAAAAGUAUACAGCGAGUGAUCUUUUCAAAUGGUGGAUACAUUAAUAAAAUUGUUAACAAUGGUUAGACCAACAGUAUUGACGGCUUUCUGACUCUACGUAGGGUCUACUUACUAUCUGUUCCAACUCUAUUGAAAAUGAACAUACAUACGCGGAUACGCGGGCAUGUACUGCAGUGUCACGUGUGCGUGGGAGUGUGAAGUGCUAUUCUGAGUGAAGUUACUGCUGAGCAUACAGUAAUACACGGGUGCGCUGACUUGAGGCUGUGGCUGAGUUGACGUUGAUCGUAAUUACUCAUCUUUAACAAAGGCCAUGCCGUCUUGGGGAGUUUGCAAAGUGUCGGCAUUAUUAUCAAGCCGUACGAAACAUUCAAAGCCAAACGCCUGAGUCAGUGAGUGUCUCUACUACUUAACAUCUUAUCGGUUUGCACCUUUCGAUUGUUUAAUAUUGUUGCAGCAAAUCAUCCACCGCCAUUUAUAACAAUCCUUUGAAAAAGGGGAAAAGGGAAAAGAAACAAAAAAAAACAGAAACAAACCCACCCACGGUUGACCUUUCUAUUGGGCCUACCAUUAAACAAAAAUGAGCUUUCUUGGAGACAUCGAAUCGUUUUCACAGACGAAUCUGAAGAAAGUUGAUACACAAGUAACUACAGCAACAGGCAAGAGGCUUGUCGAGACGAGAUCUGAUGGAAGUUUCUCUCAAAAGACUGUUGAGGGAAAGAGCAUGGGAUUUGUGUGCGAUACUAAACCCGAUUUUCAAGUCUUGGAAGUGAGGCCCGGUGUUCUUCUUGGUUCUCAAGAUGUUGCGGCUAAUUUAGAGCUUCUCCAAAAGCAUCACGUGACACACAUCCUCAAUGUUGCGUCCGGGAUUGUGAAUUUCUUCCCAAAUCAAUUCAUUUACAAAUCAGUUGAGAUUAUAGAUGUACCGGAAAAGGACAUAACUGGGUACUUUGCCGAGUGUUUUCAGUUUAUUGAUGCUGCAAAGGCUACUGGCAAGGUUCUCGUUCAUUGCAACGCUGGUGUUUCCCGCUCACCGUCUGUGGUUAUUGCUUACCUUAUGUCAACAGAGGGCGUUUCUCUGGGCGCCAUUUUGGAUGAACUGAGAGGUGAACGACCUGCCGUCCGGCCCAAUGAUGGAUUCAUGAAAUGCUUGGAGGAAUAUGAAAGAAGAUUGAAAGAUAAAAAAUGAUGGUCUCAUACGAAAAUCCUUCCCAAAAAAGCAACCCCAAAACCAAAACACACAAUCUAUUGAUAGAGUAACUGAAAAAUACAAUGUGGAUAGAAUGUUCACAAACGAGGGUGAAAACAAAUGGUGCUGUUCGUAACAUUUUUGAGACUGUUACUUAGAAUAUUUUGAGCCUAUUUUGAUACUACUAUGGAGUCUAUUUUGGGGCUAUUGUUAAGACUAUUCUGAGACUGUUUGAGACUAUUUCAGGAUUAUUACUGAGACUAUAAUAUUAUUGAGACUAUUAUUGAGUUUAUUUUAUGAAUAGAGUAAAUAUUUAUACUACUUGUUUGUCUAUUUUGGGACUACUUUGAGUAGACUAGACUAUUUGAGACUAUUUUGGCACAAUUACUCAGAGACUACUUUGUAUCGGUUAUAGAGACUAUUUUAUGACUUUUUUAUUGAGUAAAUCUUGAUAAUAUUGAAUACGUCUAAUUUGAGACUUCUUUGAGACUAUUAGUGAGACUAUUUUAAGACUUAUCGAGUCAAUCUUGAUACUAUUAAAUACGUCUAUUUUGAAACUACUUUGAGACUAUUUUUAGUGAGACUAUUUUAAGACUCUUGUUAGUCAAUCUUGAUACUAUUUAAAACGUCUAAAGUUGAGACUACUUUGAAACUAUUUUAAAAUUAUUAUUGAGACUAUUAUUAAAAUUAUGAUAGAUACUAUUUACUUUUUGAAGAGACUUUUAUUUACACCAAUUUUGAUACUAUUUUGAAAGUAUUAUUGAGACUAUUUUGAGACUAUUGCUUAAUCUUGCCACACAUAUCUCCAAAAAAAGUACAUAGUGUUCAAUCCAUAGAAGAAUUGUACCUUUAACUUUGUGUGAAUCGGGGAUGAAUCAUUUAUAGGCCUAAAAGCAUAGGCCCAUUAAAAUAGAGCCAUGUCUAUAUGUGAUAUUAAUUGUGACGUCACUAAUCAAUUUUUAUUCGGCAGAGUGGUAUGGGUGCAGAGGGGAAAUACAAUCGGCAUUCAACAGUCGAACUGGGCAGUUCAGUUUCAUCAGUUAGUGCUUUGUCAAAAUAAUAAGACUUAUUCAAUUUCGUGAAAGCCAGCAGCAAGAGCUACUCAACCAUCCAAUGUUAUCAAGUGUAAAUGGAGUGUAGAAAUUCAAA